AUGGGAGAGAAACCGAGGAUCGAGGCAGCUUUGCCUGAUAUGACGAGUCUAGAUGAAAGCCGCAAGGAAGUCUCUACUCCGAAACAGUCCUUAGUAACCCCCAAAAUUAUUACACGAAUAGGAGCUUGGAAUGUGCGUACCAUGUACGAAACUAGCAAAACAGCUCAAGUGGUCAAAGAAAUGUCAAGAUACAGGAUCAACAUCCUGGGUAUCAGCGAAAUGAGAUGGACAGACUCAGGCCUGACUACACUCGGAUCAGGAGAAACUAUAAUCUAUUCUGAGAGAUCUGAUAACCAACACCAGGAAGGAUUUGGUAUUAUAAUGGAUAAAAUAUCAAGGAAAAGUCUAAUAGGGUGGGAACCAAUCAAUUCUCGCAUUCUUAGAGCCAGAUUCUACUCAAGACAUGUAAAGAUUACCGUAAUACAGUGCUACGCCCAGACAGAACAAGCAAAGGAUGAAGACAAAGACAUGUUCUACCACACUCUACAAGAUCAAAUCGACAGGACUCCACAACAUGACAUUUUUGUGGUCAUGGGAGACAUGAAUGCAAAAAUAGGGGCCAGUAAUCAUGGAUACGAGCUCUGUAUGGGUAAGGAGGGGCUGGGAGAGGCAAACAAUAACGGCCAAAGAUUUAGAGAGAUUUGCCUAGAAAGUGGUCUGGUUAUAGGUGGCAGCUUAUUUCAGCACAAAGAAAUGCACAAAACCACAUGGAUAUCCCCAGAUAAGCGAAACAGCAAUCAAAUCGAUCACAUUGCUAUAAAUAAAAAGUGGAGAAGAUCCAUGAGGGAUGUAAAGGCAAUAAGAGGAGCUGAUGUGGGUAGCGACCAUAAUCUAGUCUUGUGCAAACUACAACACAAGCUUAGGAGAGUCGACAGGAAAGUAAACCACCAGCUAUUUGACUCAGCUAAACUAAAAGAUCCCACCAUUAAGGCAAACUUUGCAAUUGAACUAAAAAAAUAG